AUGACUGUUGCACACGAUUUGACCCAUCGCGGGUCGUCCUCCCAUAGCGCCCACAUGGUUGCGUUGGAGGACCGAUUCGAGGUCCUGAAGGAAAUUGGCGAUGGCAGCUUUGGAAGCGUGGCUCUCGCCAGAGUCCGCAGCGCUGGUGCCCAUGUGGCUCGCCGCGGCACAGUGGUCGCCAUCAAGACGAUGAAGAAGAACUUUGAGUCUUUCAGCGCAUGUCUGGAGCUUCGCGAGGUCGUCUUUCUUCGCACCCUUGCUCCCCACGCCCACCUCGUUCCUGCUCUCGACAUCUUCCUCGAUCCCUACAGCAAGAAACUUCACAUUGCCAUGGAAUACAUGGAGGGCAACCUAUAUCAGCUCAUGAAGGCGCGUGACCACAAGGUCCUCGACAAUGCCAGCGUCAAGAGCAUUCUUUUCCAAAUCAUGCAAGGUCUGGAGCAUAUUCACGCUCACCACUUCUUCCACCGUGACAUUAAGCCCGAGAACAUUUUGGUCACCACGUCGGGACACCAGGACUCUUCCGUCACAUCGUUCCGUCGUUACUCCGCCCUUGUUACGCCUCCGUCAACACCUCCCAACUACACUGUCAAGAUUGCCGACUUUGGUCUUGCUCGCGAAACGCACUCAAAGCUUGCGUACACCACGUACGUGUCAACGAGAUGGUACCGUGCUCCCGAGGUCCUGCUGAGGGCCGGCGAGUAUUCGGCGCCUGUUGACAUCUGGGCCAUCGGCGCCAUGGCCGUUGAGGUCGCCACACUGAAGCCUCUGUUCCCCGGCGGAAACGAGGUGGACCAGGUCUGGCGGGUAUGCGAGAUCAUGGGCAGCCCGGGCAACUGGUACAACAAAUCCGGUGGUCGUGUUGGCGGAGGCCCACUUCUGCCCAGGCGCUUGCUCAUGACUACUUCAUCGACGCCGUCGACCCUCUUCGCCCUCGGUCUUCGGCUUCGAGGAUUCUGGGAAGGAAGCAAUCAGACCUUGGCCGUGGCAAAGACUCAACAGCGUCGACGCCUACCUCGUCUAAGCCGUCGUGAAAAAAGCAAAUCUCUCAUCGGACGUUCCGAGACGACCGAUAUCUCAACCGCCCAACUCGCGGCGAAGGAUAGUUCAGCUCCUCGGCCCGCCCCGGUCCAUGCAUCAACAACGAACGAAGUCCCCGUCACGAAGACCCGGCCUGCUGCAGGCAAGCGAAGCACAUGGACUAAUGGUCCGUCCAACGUUGCGCCAAUGCCAAUCCUGCCUACCAUCAGGCCCAUCUCGCCGCUGUCCGACGCUGUCACGGCACAGGCCAGCAACGGCUCGUACAACGAUGCUUACGCGAAUGGGAGCCACCGGGCAGUCCAGAUUGAAGGAAAGCCUGCGAAGGUCAGCCGACAGCUGUCGGUCGCGUCCAGUACCAACAACUACGCGGAGAUCCACCGUCAGCAGGCUGAGCGGGCCCUCAACGGCAACUCUGGACUCGCUUCUCCACCGAGCGGUCAGAAGGAGGGCUUCUUCUCUCACCUGCGGAAGCGUGCUCGACGAUUCUCCGGAAGGCAUCAGACACCAAUCUCGCCAACGCAUGAAUCUAUUGAGGGCCAGGUUGGUUGUGGACCCUGGAACAGCAACAGGUCUUCCAUGGUGAUUGACCAAUCUCCACCGCCGCCGCCCAAGGCCGAAACCUAUGAGUCGCUUGACAGGGCUCUGAGAGAUGUCCAGCAGCAUCGCGAAUUGCAGGCACCUGUGCCCCCUCAACACGCGUCACCCACCAACAACCUCAAGAGACAUCACUCGUUGCCAAAGCACAGCCAGCCACGUUCGGUCGAUAACCUGAUGAUGGCUGCGCGCAGUGGUGGUCCCAUCUCUAGCCGCACUCGUCGCGCUCAAGCCACGCAAGGUGUACACCAGUACGAAGCUCCUGACGAAGAAGACGAGCUGCUGGACGAGGUUCUUAACUCAACGCAUCGGGCCAUGAAGCGUAUGGAGAAGGAUGGCAAGCCGGGACUACGGCAAUCGGCCAGCAACAUUGGCAUCGCCAAUCCGUACCCUACACCGUCGCCAUCCGGCAGCGGCAAUGCGGCGGCUUUUGGCGACGGCGCAUUGACGCCUAAGCCUCUUGACCUCAAGAAGAACCGCAACGCCGAAUACAAGUGGCCGACGCCCCCCUAUGAGGAAAGCGAGUGGGCAGCCUCGGCAUCUGCAAGCAUUUGGGCUGCCGGCAACCGAUUCUAA